AUGGGGGGGGGCUGCGGGCAGGCGGAGGCGCUGGCCCGGGCGGCCGGCCUGGUGAACGCGGGCCGCGUCGGGGAGCUGCGGGGCCACUACCUCCUCGCCUACCGGCCCUCGGGAGGCCCCGGCGAGGCGGGCCCGGAGGAGGCCCAGCGGCGGGCGGAAGCCGCCUUCGCCCGGCACGACGGCCUCCGGUGGCACGCCCGGCAGCGGCUCCUCAAGCGCUCCAAGCGCAGCCUCCACUUCAACGACCCCAAGUUCCCCCAGCAGUGGCACCUGAGCAACCGCAAGAGUCCGGGGAUGGACAUCAACGUGACCGGCGUGUGGGAGAGAAACGUGACCGGCCAGGGGGUGACGGUGGUGGUGGUGGACGAUGGCGUGGAGCACACGGUUAAGGACAUCCAGCCCAACUACAGCCCCGAAGGCAGCUACGACUUGAAUUCCAAUGACCCUGAUCCCAUGCCCCACCCCGAUGAGGAGAACGGGAACCACCAUGGGACCCGAUGUGCCGGAGAAAUCGCAGCCGUCUCCAACAACAGCUUCUGUGCCGUGGGAGUUGCCUACGGGAGCCGGAUUGCAGGGAUCCGGGUUCUGGAUGGGCCACUGACGGACAGCAUGGAGGCGAUCGCUUUCAACAAGCACUAUCAGAUCAACGACAUCUACAGCUGCAGCUGGGGUCCAGAUGACGAUGGCAAAACCGUGGAUGGGCCUCACCAGCUGGGAAAGGCUGCCUUGCAGCAUGGCGUGAUUGCUGGCCGGCGGGGGUUUGGCAGCAUUUUUGUGGUGGCCAGUGGCAAUGGAGGGCAGCACAACGACAACUGCAACUACGACGGCUACGCCAACUCCAUCUACACCGUCACCAUUGGCGCAGUGGACGAGAUGGGGUACAUGCCCUUCUACGCGGAGGAGUGCGCCUCAAUGCUGGCCGUGACCUUCAGCGGGGGGGACAAGCUGAUGAGGAGCAUCGCAACGACCGACUGGGACUUGCAGCGGGGCACGACGGGGUGCACCGAGGGCCACACGGGCACCUCCGCCGCAGCCCCUCUGGCGGCUGGCAUGAUCGCCCUCAUGCUGCAGGUGCGCCCCUGCCUCACCUGGCGGGACGUCCAGCACAUCAUCGUCUUCACGGCCACCAAGUACGAGGACCAUCGUGCCCAGUGGGACACCAACCAGGCCGGCCUGAGCCACAGCCACCAGCACGGCUUUGGCCUGCUCAACGCUUGGAGGCUGGUGAAUGCUGCCAAGAUCUGGGACUCCGUCCCCUACUUGGCCUCCUACGUCAGCCCCCUCUUGAAGGAGAGCAAGGCCAUCCCCUUGGAGCCCCAGCGGCUGGGAGUCACCUGGAACGUCACGGAAGCCGACCUGGAGCUGUCAGGGAUGAGGACCCUGGAGCACGUGGCCGUGACGGUCAGCAUCACCCAUCCUCGCCGGGGCAACCUGGAGAUCCGCCUCCUCUGCCCCAGCGGCAUGGAGUCUCUGAUCGGGACCGCGCGGAGCAUGGACUCAGACCCCACUGGCUUUGUGGACUGGACCUUCUCCACGGUGCGCUGCUGGGGGGAGGAGGCCCAGGGCACUUACCAGCUGGUGAUCCACGACGUAGGGGACGAGACGCUGCGGCCGGGGGUGCUGCAGCAGUGGCAGCUGGCGCUCUACGGCUCCUCCUGGUCCCUGGCUGAGAUCAAGGAGCGGCAGAGGCGGCUCGAGGAGGCGAUGAGCGGCCGUUUCCUGGACGAUGGGUUUUCCUUGCCCUGCCCGCCUGGCUUGAAGAUCCCGGAGCAGGAGCCCUACACCAUCCCUGCCAACACCCUCAAGGCUGAGCGGGGGGGGGGGUGGUUUGCCGUCUUCUGGACCGUCUACUACACGCUGGAGGUGUUUCUGACCCGCAACAAGGUGGCCUUGAACCUCCCAGCCUGCAGCAGUGCCCGUGGGUGCCCGUGGUCCACCAGAGGCAGGGCGGCCUCGAGCCUGGAGGAGGGGACAGAGAUGGAGGAGACCCUCCCCCUGUAUGCAGGGGAGGAGCUGGAGCUGGAGGUGGAGACGGAGCUGCUCCGAGCUGGCCAGGAGGGGCAGAAGGGCCCCCGGGGCGGCCAGAGCCCGGGACGAGGAGAGUUGUGCUGAGCACCCUGGUGCGGGAUCUGGUGGCUUAACCCGGGGCUCACGGACGGUGGGCUGAGGACAUCAGGCAGGCUAGCCGGAUUGGUGCCUGGCUGCCCCUCCCGGUGGGUGCGGCCCAGAUGCCCAGCAGCCACCUGGGGCAAGGCCCGGCGUGCCAAGUGCCUGAAGGAUAGAGCCCCCCCC